CCUUCAACAAAAACAUAACAUUCAUUUCAUACAUUUGAUUAUUCAAAGAAAGAAAGAAAGAAGAAAAUGUUGGCAAUAUUUCAGAAAACUUUUGCUCACCCACCGGAAGAACUCAACAGUCCGGCGUCUCAUGUUUCCGGCGAAACCCCUAAACUUCCCGGAGAAACUCUCUCCGACUUCCUCUCUCGUCACCAAAACACCGCUUUCUCCAUGAACUUCGGCGAUUCCGCCGUCUUAGCUUACGCUCGCCAAGAAACCUCUCUCCGUCAGAGGUUGUUCUGUGGACUAGAUGGGAUCUACUGUAUGUUUCUAGGGAGAUUGAGCAACCUCUGUACAUUGAAUCGACAAUACGGUUUAUCUGGGCAGAACUCAAACGAGGCAAUGUUUGUGAUCGAAGCUUAUCGAACACUUCGUGAUCGUGGUCCUUAUCCAGCUGAUCAAGUCCUCAGAGGUCUUGAGGGAAGCUUCGCUUUCGUUGUGUACGAUUCUCAAAGCUCCUCUGUUUUCUCAGCUUUGAGUUCUGAUGGAGGAGAGAGUCUUUACUGGGGAAUUUCUGGAGAUGGAUCUGUUGUAAUGUCUGAUGAUAUUCAGAUCAUAAAGCAAGGCUGUGCUAAAUCAUUUGCUCCUUUCCCUACUGGGUGUAUGUUUCAUAGUGAGAAAGGGCUAAAGAGCUUUGAACAUCCGACUAAUAAGAUGAAGGCAAUGGCGAGGAUUGAUAGUGAAGGUGUUCUUUGUGGAGCUAAUUUCAAAGUUGAUGCUUGUUCUAAGAUCAUUAGUAUCCCUAGAAGAGGAAGUGAAGCUAACUGGGCGCUGGCUAAUUCUCGUUAAUUUUGCUUCGAGUUUCGUAACUCUUGCUUCUUGUUGCGUUUUCUUUUUUAUGUACUCUCUUGUUUUUGUAAAUACUAAAUAGCCUUAUGACGAUGAUAAAGAAAUAAAAUUGCUUUGCUUUGCAUCUUUA